CUUAGAGUCUCGAUCCAUGUCAUCGUUGACCUCUAGGCAAGUGCCAUCGCCUACUUCCUGACAUGUCCAAUACGGCAAUGUUCAAUAAUGCACUCGGUCACUCCAGUCAAAUAUUAAAUCAUUAUGCACCCCCGGGACUGAUAGGCUCGGUACAUCUCCAAUCAUGAUCAAUGCCGUGUUGGUCUUCAACAACUCGGGACAGCCUCGUCUUACCAAGUUCUACACGCAAUUGGACACGGCGGUUCAGCAACGGCUCAUAUCCGAGAUUUUCAGUUUAGUGUCCAAUCGACCGGCUACGGCUUGCAACUUCCUCCCACUGCCUCCAUUACUCGCUCCUCCGCCCAAUGCCCAAAAGUCGAGUCAGCCACAGCCGAUACAUACCGAUACCCCGUCUCUUGUGACGUAUCGACACUAUGCCACGCUAUACUUCAUCCUGAUAUCCACUUCGACCGAGAGCCCGCUAGCACUUCUUGACCUCAUUCAAGUCUUCGUCGAAUCAUUGGAUCGACUAUUCGAGAAUGUCUGCGAGUUGGACUUGAUCUUCAAUUUCGAGACCCUUCACGCAGCUCUGGGCGAGAUGAUCGUUGGGGGUGUCGUGGUGGAAACGAAUCUGGAUACCAUCGUCUCCGGCGUGAGAACCCAAGGCAAGGUGGCGAGACGGCCGGUCAACGAUUCUAGAGGCGGAUCAUCCUCUGGAGGAGUGUUUGGAGUACUCGGCAGAGGGGAGGUUUUCUCAGGGCGAUGACACAAGGACAUUUGAUAGAAUGCUGUGGGUAAUGUCGGCUCCCUGGUGAUGUCGAGCUCGGGGGUGGAUUAGAUGCGCCUAGAUCAUAGGAUCUGUGGUAUUUUGGGAAGAACAUUAGCACCGCAUUUACAUGUGGCGACUGGCGUGCUAUGAGUACGUCAAGGGAUGCAAGGACAUGCUCGGGACAGGUCGGACGGAAUGGUUGAUAUCCAAUAGACUUUGAUUUAGGAUCUCAUCUGUGCCAAUAGACCUAACUGUACCCCAAACGCCACAACCACUGAUGUUAUAAUACCUGAGUCCACAUUCAGGGCAAGAUUUAUUUCUGGCGUGACUGGGUCCGCGCAGAUAUAAAACCGGCCGUGAC